AUCCAACCUAAACCUUCCCUCUUCCAGUUUGAAGCCAUCCCCCUUGCCCUGUCACUGUGAUUUGACCAAAUUCUGUAUAUUCCUUAUGUGCUUUGGAUGGAAACCGAGAAUAUCCAAGGAUUUUUUUUUUUUUUCCUCCUACAGUGCUGCAAAAAAAUGAUUAAAAAUAAAAGGCAAAUGUGUUUUAUUUAAUGUGGCAGCAGUUCCCAGUGCUGCCCUGCUUCACUUCUGCCAUUCCCAGGAGAGGGAUGCGGGAAUGAGUGAAAGAAUCCUUCAAUCUGAGCUUCCCACCUGUCCUGGCAGAUGAUUUCCAGGAGUUGGACUCUUUAUUUAUUCUGGAAUCACCUCUUGGACAAAUAAAAGAAGCAUCAUUCCAAGGUCGAACAUCCAGCACCGCUCCUGGCCCCUGGACUGGUUCUUUUGGCUUCUUGCAGAUUUAUUUAGAAAAAGAAAGUAGCUGCUGUCAACAGAUGCCUGCAGAUGGCUUUAAUCAGGUUCCAAAUGUGCAACAAUGGCACAAAGGAGCAGAAUGAACUCGUGUGGUUUCUUGUAACACUCUUUUAGGGGUCAGCAGCCAAAUUGUUUCUGCUGCAUUUGGUUCUGGGAGCUGUUAGAGGAUCUUGCCAUGAGUUUUUUCCAGGAUUAUGAGCCAUGCAAGGAAAGAAAGUGGGGUUUGCCCCGGUGUUUAAGUGAUUUACAAGCCCUUCUCUGGAAAAGAUCAAAGUAGGUGAGAAAGGAGAAUUUUACAGAGAUUCCUUGAAAUGACAUCAACUUUUAUGGGAAGGAAAAAAAACCAAACUGCAAACCCAAGAGUUAAACGUGAUAAUUGCAAAGAGCAGAGCUCUGAGUGUUUGUUUCCAAGGCUUUUAAAAUCCAAGGUGCUCAUUCCCCAUCCUUAAAUCCUGGCGUUGCUCACGGCUCAUCCCAUCCACCGCAGCAAUUUGGGAUCUCUGAAGCAGCUCCAGCCCUGUGAUCUCUGCAAGGUUUGUUUUUCCCCCCCCACCUCGUGCCAGGUUCUGACUCUGAUCCUGCUCUCCUUUAAUCCCAGCCCUGUCAUUCCCGCUGGGAGCUGCAGCUCUCUGUUCCUGGGAGGAGAUGGUGGCAAAUUGUUUGUGUACACGUGGGAAAGAGAAGAAAACUUCUCUCCUCAGUCAUGUGCCAGCGUUUCCAGGGAUUUAUUUCGCUCUCUGAGUCAAAAAUAUGAGUCAGCAAGAGAAAUCUUGAAUGUGAAGAACAGCUCUGGAGCGUGGUGGGUGGAGAAGCCUCACUUUCGAGGAAAAACCUCUCAUUCAAGUGGUUUGGGGUUAAAAGAAACACGAUUUCUUCCCAAGUUUCAGAUGUACAUGGAAUUAGGGCUUGGACUUGCAAGGGAAUUAUCUGUGGAUGCCUAAAGAGAACCAGGGCUUUGAAGCUGCCUUGCAGUGAGGAGUUCCCAGUAAUUAAAUUCUCCGAGAUCCGCCGGCACUCCUUGGGAAGAUGGGGCUGCUCCGCGCCCGGGACGCGGCGUCGCGGAGGAAAGGAUGUGUAACCUCCACUCCGUCAGAGCAGCGACUCCUGCUGUGAGACAUGGAUAGAUGCAAACAUGUGGGGCGGCUACGACUCGCCCAGGACCACUCGAUCCUGAACCCGCAGAAGUGGCACUGCGUGGACUGCCACACCACCGAGUCGCUCUGGGCCUGCCUCAAGUGCUCGCACGUGGCCUGCGGCCGCUACAUCGAGGAGCACGCCCUGAGGCACUUCCAGGAGACCCGGCACCCCUUGGCCAUGGAAGUGCACGACCUCUACGUCUUCUGUUACCUCUGCCAGGAUUACGUCCUGAACGACAACCCCGAGGGGGACCUGAAGCUGCUGAGGAGCUCCCUGUCGGCCAUCAAGGGGCAGAGGAGCGGGAGGACGCUGCGCUCCAUGGCGCUGGCGGAGGAUGUGUGGAGGAGGAGCCCUCAGGGCCAGUCCCAGAUGCUCACGGCGCUGUGGCACCGGCGCCAGGCCCUGCUGGCGAGGGCGCUGCGCACCUGGUUCCACAAGAGCUCCCGGGGGCAGCUGAAAUUAAAGGAAAAAAAACAGCUGGAGGAGCUGGAGAAGAAGAAGGAAGCGGCUCGGCGGCGGCGGCAGGAGGUGAAGAGGCGGCUCCUGGAGGAGCUGGCGAACACCCCGCCGAGGAAGAGCGCCAGGCUGCUGUCCCACGUGCACAGGGAGAGCUUGAUCCCAAGGAAAUUCAGGGAGGUGGCCACCGCUUCCCCUACCUCAAGGCAGGUGCAGAGCAGCAGAUUGAAGCAGUUCUACUCCAUCCGGCGGCAGCCCCUGAUGACGCCCGGGGUGACGGGGCUGAGGAACCUGGGCAACACUUGUUACAUGAACUCCAUCCUGCAGGUGCUCAGCCACCUCCAGAAGUUCCGAGAAUGUUUCUUGACUCUUGAUCUCUGUGAAACGGAAGAACUUUUAGCUAAAACUGUGAACGGGAGGGCCAGGAUGCCUGGCAAACUGGCAAAUGGCGCUGCUGCAAACGAGCCAGGGAAGCCUGACAAGGUGGGAUCGUCUGGCACGCAGAGCUCGCCAGCUGGCUUAAACGGGGGCUCCUCCAUAAGCCGGAGUUUAGAACUGAUCCAGCCCAAGGAGCCGAGCUCGAAGCACAUCUCCCUGUGCCACGAGCUGCACACCCUCUUCAGAGUGAUGUGGUCUGGCAAGUGGGCCCUGGUGUCCCCCUUUGCCAUGCUGCACUCCGUGUGGAGCCUGAUCCCCGCCUUCCGCGGCUACGACCAGCAGGACGCUCAGGAAUUCCUCUGCGAGCUGCUGGACAAGGUCCAGCAGGAGCUGGAGUCCGAGGGGACCAAGCGCAGGAUCCUCAUCCCCUUCUCGCAGAGGAAGCUCACCAAGCAGGUCCUCAAGGUGGUCAACACCAUUUUCCAUGGGCAGUUGCUGAGCCAGGUCACCUGCAGGACGUGCAACUACAAAUCCAACACCGUGGAGCCCUUCUGGGACCUUUCCCUGGAAUUCCCGGAGCGCUACCACUCCCUGGAGAAGGGGCUUGUCCCAGUGCAGCAGGCUGAGUGCAUGCUGACCGAGAUGCUGGCCAAAUUCACCGAGACCGAGGCCCUGGAGGGGAGGAUCUACGCCUGUGACCAGUGCAACAGCAAACGGCGAAAGUCUUCUCCUAAACCUCUUGUUCUGAGCGAAGCUAAAAAGCAGUUGCUGAUCUACAGACUACCUCAGGUCCUCCGGCUGCACCUUAAACGCUUCAGGUGGUCUGAGCGCAAUCACCGCGAGAAGAUCGGGGUCCAUGUCCUCUUUGAGCAGGUAUUAAACAUGGAACCUUACUGCUGCAGGGACUCUCUGUCCUCCCUUGCCACAGAGACCUUUGUCUAUGACCUCUCGGCUGUGGUGAUGCAUCACGGGAAGGGGUUUGGCUCAGGACACUACACAGCCUAUUGCUACAACACGGAGGGAGGUUUUUGGGUGCACUGCAAUGACUCCAAACUGAAUGUAUGUAGCGUGGAGGAGGUGUGCAAGACCCAGGCCUACAUCCUCUUCUACACUCAGAGAACAGUGCAGGACAAAGCAGAAAUCUCAGAAAAACAACUCCAAGCUCAGGUGCCACCCAAAACCAGUGACAAGGACAGAAGACUGACAUUCCCAUGAUGGGGAGGGGGGGACACUCCCAGCUUCUUUUGGGAACCAUUGGUGUUCAUCUACCCCCUGUUGGUGGGGAAAACCCACUGGCUGCAGGAAUGGGCUCAGAGCAGGAUGUUUGUCUGGGAAAGCCUCUGGAGCUGGUUCUGGUUGUUGGCAGAAUCUUGGCUUUCAAGUGUCUUGUUGGCUCCCCCCCCCAAAAAAAAAACCACCAACGAAAUUAGGAAGUUUCAUGCUUUUCAUUCAUCCCCUGUCAAAGAGGAAUGAGCACAAGCAGGAAACAGGAGAACCCACCUGCCUCCAACACCCUUCAAUCCCUAAAAAUCCCGAUCCAACUCCAAGAGGAGCAGGUACAGUACCCUCCCCUCGAGUGGCCAGCCUUGCCAGGUGAAUCCCAGUCCCUGGGAAGGAGCUGGCUGCUCCCAGAGCUCUUCCUGCUGGAGAAAGGUUUCAAUUCUCCUCAAUCCUUCCCUCUGCUGCCCCCCUGACACCGAUUUCUGUGCCCUGGGAGAAGCUUUGCCAGCAGCUCUGUGUGUCAGUGGCGCUGGGGCUGUGCCACACUCCGGGGUUUCUUCCUGUGGGCUGAACUCAGCUGGCAGCUGAAUUCCCUCCAAAUGGGAUUUUAAUGCAGUUCUGCUCUGGAGAAAAUGUGUUUUAACACCCCAAAAAUGUGUUUUAACACACAAAAAUGUGUUUUAACACACACACAAAAAAAAAAAAAAACCCCAGGAAUGUCCUUGUGUGCCAUCUCUGUGUGGCAGCCAAACCAAAGCCUGUGCCCAGGUUUCUGCUGGCAUCACCAGGAUUGGGAAGAGUUUGGGAAAGCUGUGGGAGCAGAAGUUGGAAUUGGGGAGGCAAAUUCCUGCUUUUUGUACAAACGUGGUUGGUUUUCCUCAGGGGAACGGGGUGGUGGGAAUGGCACAGUGAGGGGGGGGUUCUGUCACUGCUUUUGGGGUGAAAAAGCAGUGAAAAAUGUCACUUAAUUGUGGUGGUCACAAGGGUGGUGCCCAGAUCCUUUGAGGUCUCUAUUCCUGCAGGGCCACCCAAGGGGGAAGGAAUGUAGUGAAAUCCCAAAUAAUUCCACGUGGAGUUGCAGAGGCUACAAAAAAACCCCCAACAACAACAACAAAACAAAAAAAACAAAGUUUGUCUCUGAAAUCAGCCUGAUUUUGGAAUUCUGUGGGAAUCACAGAGCCUUAGUGGACUAUCCAGAGUCACUUCUCAGCCUACAGUUGCACCUCAGGUGUGGUUUUUGUAGUUUUGGGGCUUGGCUGUUCACAUUUCACAUUUUAAUCUGAAUAUUAGACCUGAUGUCUGUUCAUCUGGGUUAUUUUUUUAAGUGGUUACAGGUGAAAUAACCUAAAAUAGGAGGGUUUUUAAAAAAAAAGGAAAAAAAUGAAAAAAAUAAAAAGUUCCAUUUCCAGGCAGGGAAGUUCUCAAAGUUUUUCUCCUCCUCCCUUUUUUUCCUCCCUUUGUCCUGUCAGAUAAACACAAGCUGCCAACCUUGGUUGUUGUGGGGGAAAGGCUCCCAAAUCCCACUCUUUUCUGGGAUUUUGAACCUCCUGUCCCUGGGCAAAGUCACAUGAGGUCUCCUGUCCCCCUAAAAAUUCCCAUUUCCCAUAUUCCCACCAAGAUGCUGCCUUCUGAGCCUAAAAGAAAUGUCUUUUUUAACAAUUAAAUAUCA